UGGAGCCCCAGCCCGAGCUGCUGCGGCUGUGGGAGCGCUACAGGCACGAGGAGCACUCAGACUUCGCUCUUGGGCCGCUCCUGCCCGGUCUAGGAGCCCGCAUCGGCCGCGGGAGGGAGGUGGCUGCAGAGUCGGAGGCAGAGCCGGGCCGGGAGGAGCCAGCUCUCACAACCCCAUGGCCUCAAGGAGCUGCUGAGUCGCAUCUGGCUUUUAGUGGGGGUGGGGGGUGGGGUGUGGGACAACACCCCACCCCAGCUUGGGGCUGGCCAUGGGCAGCCCUUAUGAAGACUACCUGAAUCCCAACAAGGUGUUUGAACACUACAACUUCACCAAGGAGACUCCUGCACCCCCAGACACGCCAGCCCGCCAAGCAGCCUCAGCUUUCAUUGUCCUGCUUUGCUGUGCCAUCAUCCUGGAGAACCUGUUCGUAUUGGCUGCUGUUGCUCGGAAUAGCAAGUUUCAUUCAGCCAUGUACUUGUUCCUGGGCAACUUGGCAGCCUCUGAUCUGCUGGCCGGUGUAGCUUUCAUAGCCAAUACCCUGCUGUCUGGCCCCCGGACGCUGCAGCUGACCCCGGUGCUCUGGUUUGCCCGAGAGGGCUCUGCCUUCAUCACACUCUCUGCCUCGGUCUUCAGCCUGCUGGCCAUCGCCAUUGAGCGGCAUGUAGCUAUCGCAAAAGUGAAGGUCUAUGGUAGUGACAAGAGCUGCCGCAUGCUGCUGCUGAUCGGGGCUUGCUGGGUCAUCUCUCUGGCCCUGGGAGGUCUGCCCAUCCUUGGUUGGAACUGCCUAGGUCAGUUGGACGCCUGUUCCACAGUGCUGCCACUCUAUGCCAAGUCCUAUGUCCUCUUUGUGGUGACUGUCUUCACUGCCAUCUUGCUGGCUAUAGUUGCCCUCUAUGUGCGCAUCUACUGUGUGGUGCGCUCUAGUCAUGCAGAGCUGGCUGGACCACAUACCCUGGCACUGCUGAAGACGGUGACCAUUGUGUUGGGUGUCUUCAUUGUUUUCUGGUUGCCAGCCUUCACUGUGCUCCUGCUAGACACCUCCUGCCCUGUUCGUGCCUGCCCCGUGCUCUACAAAGCCCACUACUUCUUUGCCUUUGCCACAUUCAACUCAUUGCUCAACCCUGUCAUUUACACAUGGCGCAGUAGAGACCUUCGGCGAGAGGUGCUUCGGCCCCUGUGCUGCUGGGGGCCUCGAGUCCGGCAGGGCCGUGGAAGGACCCCAGGGCACUGCCUCUUGCCCCUUCGAAGCUCAAGCUCCCUGGAGCGUGGUACACAGAUGCCCACAUCACCCACAUUCAUGGAGGGAAACACAGUCGUGUGAAGGGGAUACAUUAUAUGACUGUGGGGUCAGAAGGAGGUGCCAGAGGGCAUAUUGGUAACCAGAAGGGGGGAUGAUUCUUUGGGUCAGAGCCCAUGAUCUCUGAAAGGUGAGGGGUGAGAGACGGGACAAACUGCUCUUUCCCAAAGAGCCUGAUGUAAGAGAGGUAUGGGGGGGUGGGCCAAGGCUGUUACUGCUGCCUCUGUAGACAUCUCAUCUUUUCCAUCCCCCCAUACUCAUUCCUUCCCUGUGUGAAUAUCUAAUGCCUUUAAUUUCCACCUUUCCCUUCUAAUUUCUUUUUUCUUUCUUUCUUUCUUUUUUUGCGGGACAAUGAGGGUUAAGUGACUUCCCCAGGGUCACACAGCUAGCAAGUGUCAAGCGUGUGAGGCUGCAUUUGAACUCAGGUCCUCCUGAAUCCAGGGCCAGUGCUUUAUCCACUGUGCCUCUCCCUUCUAAUUUCUAAGGGGUUCAGGGACUCCUCCCUCUCUGUCCUUCCAACUGCAUAAGCCCACAGCUUCCCCAAAUCUUGACAGCUGACGGUUAUAGCUCCUUCCCUUCCUCACCCCACCACAUGCUGGGAAAUCACAGGAUGGGAAGGGGGAGGGCUGCCAAGCUCCAUUCUUAGGCUUCUGUGGCUCAGUACACUGUUGGGGGGACUGGGGGGGAAAGACUGAAGGGAGAAGAUAUUGAGGUCCCAAAAUCUUGAUUUGGAGAAUUGGGGGAACAGGGAGGAGGCCAGUCUGUGGAAGGCCUCCCCCCAGGAGCCAGGUUCCCCUGCAGAUCUGUCACUUUUCCCCCUCACUGGUUAGACCAGUUUGUGGAGUAGGGGAGUACUCCUGACAUCCCAGAUUAGGGGGAGUGAAAGAAGCUGGGGUUAUAUACUUUUCUCAUCAUGGAACCCAAGCUUAGUGCUCCCUAUGCCCCUCCCAGCUUUCCUCUCCACUUAGUCAUCCUUUGCCCACCCCGCAAGGGAACAUAUCCCCUAGAACAUGUGAGACUUCUCACCCUUGCAGGCUGGCUCCUACCUAGUUCAAGUUAUAUUGAAUGGGAGUUGGAAGAAUGAAUGCCCUGGAGCUGCUCCCCUCCCCAGCCCACCCCACCUCCAACUCCCCUGAGAAGCCCUGGAAUCCUGAGGAUGAAAGGGAAUCAAUCGGUACAAAUGCAAAUGUAUAUUUAUGUCUGUGUGAGUUCGAGAGCUUUCGUGUGUGUGUGUGUGUGUGUGUGUGUGUGUUUCCCUCUCCCACCCCCUCAUUUUUCCUCUGUAACUUGUAGUUUGAAUAUUCCACAUUUUUGUUUCUCUGGUCUUUGUUGAAGUAACCCUAGGGGAGGGGGAAGCAGACCUCUCCAUCCGGUCCUAAAUGCUUCUUGUGGAAUGACGAGGAAGCCAUUCCCCUUGGGGGUGGGGUGGGGUGGGGUAGGGAUCUCACAUGCUGCCUAUUGUCCGCUAAUGGGGCAGAAGGGCCCUCCUGGGACUCAGAGAGAAGACUGCCAAAGACAACUGCAAUAAAAACAACAGCAGAGAGAGGGACAGACCCUCAUACUUGGGAAAUCCCACGUGCCUCUCCCUUCCCUCAGACCCUGACCUUGGGUUGAUUAAACGGUUCAGUUUGAC